AUGCAUUAUCAUACUAUCAUCGGUUACAUCCUUGCCACUUCUUGUCUGGCUAUCGCUGAUCCCGACUCCAAUGGAAGAUGGGGUCUAGAAUUCUUCACUGAUGGAGCAUGUGGAAAGGGUCAUUCAUCCUUUAGCGACAGCAGAACAUGGGAGUGUAUCAAUAUUGAUCCCGAUGCGGAGAUUACAUCCUUUGGUUGGGAUGCGGAUGAUUGUGACUUCGACCUCAACGUAUUCUUCGAAGACGAUUGCAGGGGCCUUUUCGAUAGAAGUUUUAGGAACUGCAAUGAAGCCAAUUCCUUCAGGGGCCAGUCAUACAGGUCUUUCAUGGAUAUGACAUAG